GGGGGCUUCUGGGCAGUGGUGACUGUCACGCCUAGAGAGACCUUUCGGGGGCUCUCGCUGCGCCUCUGCGUCGUGGGUGACACCGCGGUGCUCACGCUCAGGGCAGCAGCUGCCUCUCUGUGGUCUCGAGACGUCUGGUGCUCCGUGCGCUCUUCUUCUUCCUUCGCUGUUCUCUCCUUCCCUUCCGCCGCAGCUCGCUCCUUCCCUCGCCCGCUCACACCCGCAGGCUCCAGGAGCAGGAGGCUUGGGUCCCCGCCACCUUUUUUCCAAAGGGGCCUCCUCGCUUCGGAGAUGCAGUGACAAGUUAAUAUGGGCUUGCAAAUCUCGGGUUCCCAGGAGGAGAAUCGCAAGAGGCAACAGCCACUGAGCUCCCAGAGCCCUUGAAUUGGCCGCCCAGAAGGGGCGUGAGACCCGGCUGCAGCAUCCAUCCAGGUGGGACCAGUUGAGCGCCGCGACUAGUCCUCCGCAGCAUUCCAGCAUCUCGAAGGCGCGCUCAUCGUUUCGCUCCAAGCUCCCCGACUCGGGGAUUUUUUCCCUCCUCCACUGGUGGUGGGCGCCUCGAGGGCCGAGGCCCGGCGCCUACUCUGCUGCCCGCGCUGCCUUUAGCGGUCGCCUCCGCCGCCGCUGCCAGGGACGUGCUGGGAAAGCCGAAGCCCCGCGAAAAGAUGCCGGCCAUCCUGGUCGCCUCCAAAAUGAAGUCGGGACUGCCCAAACCCGUGCAUAGCGCCGCGCCCAUCCUGCAUGUGCCCCCGGCCCGGGCCGGCCCCCAGCCCUGCUACCUCAAGUUGGGAAGCAAGGUGGAGGUGAGCAAGACCACCUUCCCUAGCCAGAUCCCACUGAAAUCGCAGGGGCUGCAGGAGCCGGCGGGGGAGGGGCUCCCGCUGCGGAAGAGCGGCUCGCUGGAAAACGGGUUCGAUACCCAGAUCUACACGGACUGGGCCAAUCAUUAUCUAGCCAAGUCAGGCCACAAACGUCUCAUCAAGGAUCUCCAGCAAGAUGUGACAGACGGCGUCCUUUUGGCUCAGAUUAUCCAGGUUGUGGCAAAUGAAAAGAUUGAAGACAUCAAUGGCUGUCCGAAGAACAGAUCGCAAAUGAUUGAAAACAUAGAUGCCUGCUUGAACUUUCUGGCAGCUAAGGGAAUAAACAUUCAGGGGCUGUCUGCAGAAGAAAUCAGGAAUGGAAACCUCAAGGCCAUUCUAGGCCUCUUCUUCAGCCUCUCCCGGUACAAGCAGCAGCAGCAGCAGCCCCAGAAGCAGCACCUCUCCUCACCUCUGCCGCCUGCCGUGUCCCAGGCAGCCGGGGCCCCCUUCCAGUGCCAGGCUGGCACUCCUCAGCAACAGGUGCCAGCCACUCCCCAAGCCCCGUGCCAGCCUCACCAGCCAGCACCACAUCAGCAGUCAAAAGCACAAGCCGAAAUGCAGUCCAGACUUCCAGGUCCUACCGCAAGGGUAUCCGCUGCAGGCAGCGACGCCAAAGCUCGCGGAGGGUCAGCCACUGCUAACAACCGACGCAGCCAAAGCUUUAACAACUAUGACAAGUGCAGACCAGUCACCUCCCCACCCCCACCGCCACCACCAAGCAGCCACGAGAAAGAGCCACUGGCAAGCCCAGCCUCCUCCCACCCCGGAAUGAGCGAAAAUGCACCUGCUUCUUCGGAGAGUGGCAGCAGCUCCGCCCUUGCUAACUGCAGCGUCUCCUCGGCCAUCCCCCAGCCGGGCACGGCCACCAAGUCCUGGCGCAGCAAGCCCAUCAGUGUGAAGCACAGCGCCACAUCGUCCAUGCUCUCAGUCAAGCAGCCCGUGUCCGAGGCCCCCAGGCCCAGCCCUGACGCCUUGAAGCCAGCGCCCAACAAUCAGAAGUCCAUGCUGGAAAAACUAAAACUUUUCAACAGCAAAGCGGGUUCCAAGGCUGGUGAGGGUCCGGGGUCUCGGGACACAAGCUGUGAGCGGCUGGAGAUCCUGUCCAGCGUUGAAGAGAGCGAAGAGAUGGAGGCCACCGGCCGCACACCCUCCAUGGCGGGCCCCGCUUCCAGCAGCCCCAAGAUCGCGCUCAAAGGCAUCGCCCAGAGAACUUUCAGCCGGGCCCUGACCACCAAGAAGAGUUCCCCAAAAGGCAACGAGAAGGAAAAGGAGAAACAACAGCGGGAAAAGGAGAAAAGCAAGGAUCUCACCAAGAGAGCCUCUGUGACAGAGAGGCCAGACCUCAAAGAGGGCCCCAAAGAAGACCCCAGUGGGGCAGCGGUGACCGAGAUGCCAAAAAAGUCCUCCAAGAUCGCCAGCUUCAUCCCCAAAGGGGGCAAGCUCAGCAGUGCCAAGAAGGAGGCCCCAGCCCCUUCCCUCAGUGGAAUACCAAAACCAGGAAUGAAGAGCAUGCCUGGGAAGUCCCCAAGUGCCCCUGCCCCUUCCAAGGAGGGCGAGCGGAGCCGGGGCGGGAAGCCGAGCUCGGGGCUCCCCCAGCAGAAGCCCCAGCUGGACGGCAGACACUCCAGUUCCUCCUCCAGCCUGGCAUCCUCGGAAGGAAAAGGCCCAGGAGGGACCACCCUGAACCACAGCAUCAGCAGCCAGACUGUCAGCGGGUCCGUCGGGACCACCCAGACCACAGGAAGCAACACCGUCAGUGUUCAGCUACCUCAGCCCCAGCAGCAAUACAGCCACCCCAACACUGCCACGGUCGCGCCUUUUCUGUACAGGUCCCAGACAGACACCGAAGGGAAUGUUACCGCCGAGUCCAGCUCAGCAGGCAUGAGCACGGAGCCCAGCCACUACGCCAAGAGCGGACAGCCUGCGCUGGAAGAACUGGCUGGGGAAGACCCUGAGGCUCGGCGACUGCGGACGGUGAAGAACAUCGCUGACCUGCGGCAGAAUUUGGAGGAGACCAUGUCCAGCUUACGGGGAACUCAGGUUACACACAGCACAUUAGAAACUACAUUUGACACCAACGUCACCACGGAGAUCAGCGGACGCAGCAUCCUCAGCUUGACAGGCAGGCCCACUCCUCUCUCCUGGAGACUCGGCCAGUCCAGCCCCCGCCUCCAAGCAGGGGACGCCCCCUCUAUGGGCAACGGGUACCCGCCUCGAGCCAGCGCCAGCCGGUUCAUCAACGCCGAGUCGGGCCGCUACGUGUACUCUGCACCUCUGAGGAGGCAGCUGGCCUCCCGAGGCAGCAGCGUCUGCCACGUGGACGUCUCGGACAAGGCCGGAGAUGAGAUGGACUUGGAAGGCAUCAGCAUGGACGCCCCCGGCUACAUGAGCGAUGGGGACGUCCUGAGCAAGAACAUCCGCACGGAUGACAUCACGAGCGGGUACAUGACCGAUGGCGGGCUUGGCCUCUACACCCGUCGCCUGAAUCGGCUCCCUGAUGGGAUGGCUGUGGUGAGAGAGACCCUGCAGAGAAACACCUCCCUGGGCCUCGGGGACGCCGACAGCUGGGAUGACAGCAGCUCCGUCAGCAGCGGCAUCAGCGACACCAUAGACAACCUCAGCACCGAUGACAUCAACACCAGCUCCUCCAUCAGCUCCUAUGCCAACACACCUGCCUCUUCUCGCAAAAACCUGGAUGUACAGACCGACGCAGAGAAGCACUCACAGUUGGAGAGGAGCUCCCUCUGGUCCGGUGACGAUGUCAAGAAGUCCGACGGAGGGUCGGACAGCGGCGUGAAGAUGGAGCCAGGCUCCAAGUGGAGGCGGAAUCCCUCGGACAUGUCUGACGAGUCCGACAAAAGCACAUCGGGCAAGAAGAACCCCGCCAUCGCCCAGACGGGCUCGUGGCGGCGCGGCAUGACAGCCCAGGUGGGCAUCACCGUGCCGAGGACGAAGCCGGCCGCCUCAGCGGGCGCGCUGAAGACCCCAGGAUCGGGGAAAACCGAUGAUGCGAAGGUGUCCGAGAAAGGGAGGCUGUCCCCCAAAGCCUCGCAGGUGAAGCGCUCCCCGUCAGAUGCAGGCCGCAGCAGUGGGGACGAGUCCAAGAAGCCCCUCCCCAGCAGCUCCCGGACGCCCACCGCCAACGCCAGCAGCUUUGGGUUCAAGAAGCAGAGUGGCUCAGCUGCCGGUCUGGCCAUGAUCACGGCCAGCGGGGCCACUGUCACCAGCAGGUCAGCCACCCUGGGCAAAAUCCCAAAGUCGUCUGCACUCGUCGGGCGGUCCACCGGUCGGAAGACAAGCAUGGACGGGGCUCAGAAUCAGGACGACGCGUACCUGUCCCUCAGCUCCCGGACAAACCUGCAGUACCGGAGCCUGCCACGGCCCAGUAAGUCCACCAGCCGGAACGGGGCUGGGAACAGAUCUAGUACUAGCAGCAUAGAUUCCAACAUCAGCAGCAAGUCAGCAGGCCUGCCGGUGCCCAAGCUGAGGGAGCCCUCCAGGACGGCCCUGGGGAGCUCUCUGCCGGGCCUGGUCAACCAGACGGAUAAGGAGAAAGGCAUCUCCUCAGACAACGAGAGCGUGGCUUCCUGUAACUCCGUGAAGGUGAACCCGGCAGCCCAGCCUGUGUCCAGUGCGGCCCAGGCCACUCUCCAGCCAGGGGCCAAGUACCCCGACGUGGCCUCUCCCACGCUCCGCAGACUCUUUGGUGGGAAGCCUGGCAAGCCAGUGCCCAUCGCCGCAGCUGAAAACAUGAAAAGCUCGGUGGUCAUCUCCAACCCUCAUGCCACCCUGACCCAGCCAGGUAACUCAGAGUCCCCCUCAGGCAGCGGCGCCCUGAGCAGCGGGAGCAGCAGCCCUCUCUACAGUAAGAACGCGGAUCUCAACCCGUCUCCUCUAGCCUCCAGCCCCAGCUCGGCGCACUCGGGCCCCUCCAACAGCCUCACCUGGGGCACCAAUGCCAGCAGCUCCUCGGCAGUUAGCAAGGACGGCCUGGGCUUCCAGUCCGUCAGCAGCCUCCACACCAGCUGCGAGUCCAUUGACAUCUCCCUCGGCAGUGGAGGGGGCCUGAGUCACAAUUCCUCCACGGGCCUCGUCGCCUCCUCUAAGGACGACCCCCUGACUCCCUUUGUGAGAACCAACAGUGUGAAGACCACACUGUCAGAAAGCCCUCUCUCUUCCCCUGCUGCUAGCCCUAAGUUCUGCAGAAGUACUUUGCCCAGGAAACAGGACAGUGACCCGCACCUUGAUAGGAACACUUUGCCUAAGAAAGGACUCAGGUAUGCUCCCACCUCCCAGCUUCGCACACAAGAAGACGCAAAGGAAUGGUUGCGGUCCCACUCGGCGGGAGGCCUGCAGGACACCGCCGCCAACUCCCCCUUUUCCUCCGGCUCCAGUGGGACUUCUCCCUCAGGAACAAGGUUCAACUUUUCUCAGCUUGCGAGCCCCACCACCGUCACGCAGAUGAGCUUGUCCAACCCGACCAUGCUGAGGACCCACAGCCUGUCCAAUGCCGACGGGCAGUACGACCCGUACACCGACAGCCGCUUCCGGAAUAGCUCCAUGUCCCUGGAUGAGAAGAGCAGGACCAUGAGCCGCUCAGGCUCGUUCCGGGAUGGGUUUGAGGAAGUUCACGGAUCCUCGCUCUCCUUGGUUUCCAGCACAUCGUCAAUUUAUUCAACACCGGAGGAAAAGUGCCAGUCAGAGAUUCGCAAACUGCGGCGGGAGUUGGAUGCCUCCCAGGAAAAGGUUUCCGCUUUGACCACCCAGCUGACAGCGAAUGCUCACCUGGUGGCAGCCUUUGAGCAGAGCCUUGGGAACAUGACAAUCAGGCUUCAGAGUUUGACCAUGACGGCAGAGCAGAAGGAUUCAGAGCUGAAUGAGUUAAGAAAAACCAUUGAGUUGCUGAAGAAACAGAACGCAGCCGCCCAGGCUGCCAUUAACGGGGUAAUUAACACACCGGAGCUCAACUGCAAAGGGAAUGGCACCUCGCAGUCCGCAGACCUCCGCAUCCGCAGGCAGCACUCGUCCGAUAGCGUCUCCAGCAUCAACAGUGCCACCAGCCACUCCAGCGUGGGCAGCAACAUAGAAAGUGAUUCGAAGAAAAAGAAGAGGAAGAACUGGUUACGCAGCUCCUUCAAGCAAGCUUUUGGGAAGAAGAAGUCCCCCAAGUCAGCGUCCUCUCAUUCAGACAUUGAGGAGAUGACGGAUUCUUCUUUGCCUUCCUCGCCAAAGUUGCCGCACAACGGUUCCACGGGCUCCACUCCACUGCUGAGGAACUCUCACUCCAACUCUCUAAUUUCAGAGUGCAUGGAUAGUGAGGCCGAGACGGUCAUGCAGCUCCGGAACGAGCUGAGAGACAAGGAGAUGAAGCUGACGGACAUCCGCCUGGAAGCCCUGAGCUCUGCGCAUCAGCUCGACCAGCUCCGGGAGGCCAUGAACCGGAUGCAGAGUGAAAUAGAGAAGCUGAAAGCUGAGAACGACCGGCUAAAGUCGGAGUCCCAGGGCAGUGGCUGCAGCCGGGCACCCUCCCAGGUGUCCCUCUCCGCCUCCCCGAGGCAGUCCUUGGGGCUCUCCCAGCACAGCCUGAACCUCACCGAGUCCACCAGCCUGGACAUGUUGCUGGAUGACACUGGUGAAUGCUCGGCUCGGAAGGAAGGAGGCAGGCAUGUUAAGAUAGUUGUCAGCUUUCAGGAGGAAAUGAAGUGGAAGGAGGAUUCCAGACCACACCUCUUCCUUAUUGGCUGCAUUGGAGUUAGUGGCAAGACCAAGUGGGACGUGCUCGAUGGGGUGGUUAGACGGCUGUUCAAAGAAUACAUCAUUCACGUCGACCCAGUGAGCCAGCUGGGGCUCAAUUCGGAUAGUGUUCUCGGCUACAGCAUCGGGGAAGUCCAGCGCAGCAACACCUCCGAGACGCCCGAGCUCCUGCCCUGCGGCUACCUGGUGGGAGAGAACACCACCAUCUCUGUGACUGUCAAAGGGCUCGCAGAAAACAGCCUGGACGCGCUGGUGUUCGAGUCUCUGAUCCCCAAGCCCAUCCUGCAGCGCUACGUCUCCCUGCUGGUGGAACACCGGCGGAUCAUUCUCUCCGGCCCCAGCGGCACCGGGAAAACCUACCUGGCCAACAGGCUGUCAGAGUACCUGGUGCUUCGGGAGGGACGGGAGCUGACAGACGGGGUCAUCGCCACCUUCAACGUGGACCACAAGUCCAGCAAGGAAUUGCGCCAAUACCUGUCCAACCUUGCGGACCAGUGUGCCAGCGAGAACAACGCUGCGGACAUGCCUCUCGUCAUCAUCCUGGACAACCUGCAUCACGUCAGCUCUCUGGGCGAGAUCUUCAACGGGCUGCUCAACUGCAAGGACCAUAAAUGCCCUUACAUCAUUGGCACAAUGAACCAGGCUACCUCGUCUACUCCCAACCUGCAGCUUCACCACAACUUCAGGUGGGUGCUGUGCGCCAACCACACGGAGCCCGUGAAGGGCUUCCUUGGCCGCUUCCUGAGGCGGAAGCUCAUGGAGAUGGAGAUCAGUGGGCGGGUGCGGAACGUGGAGCUGGUAAAAAUCAUCGACUGGAUUCCCAAGGUCUGGCAUCACCUCAACCGCUUCCUGGAGGCUCACAGCUCCUCGGACGUCACCAUAGGCCCCCGGCUCUUCCUGUCCUGCCCCAUCGACGUGGACGGCUCCAGGGUGUGGUUCACCGACCUGUGGAACUACUCAAUUAUCCCCUAUCUCCUGGAAGCUGUCAGAGAAGGACUCCAGCUCUAUGGAAGGCGGGCGCCCUGGGAGGACCCUGCCAAGUGGGUGAUGGACACCUAUCCCUGGGCGGCCAGCCCACAGCAGCACGAGUGGCCCCCCCUGCUGCAGCUGCGGCCUGAGGAUGUCGGCUUCGACGGCUACUCCAUGCCUCGGGAGGGCUCCACGAGCAAGCAGAUGCCCCCCAGUGACGCCGAAGGAGACCCGCUGAUGAACAUGCUGAUGCGGCUGCAGGAAGCGGCCAACUACUCCAGCCCACAGAGCUACGACAGCGACUCCAACAGCAACAGCCACCACGAUGACAUCCUGGACUCGUCCCUGGAGUCCACUCUGUGACGGGGGCCUGGCCCUGGAGCCUGCCCUCCUCCUCCUCCUCAUCCUCCCCCUCUCCCUUCCCCUCCUCCUCCUCCUCGUCCCACUCCACCUACAUCACCCUGAAGAUGCCCUCCUGAGCCAGCCCUGGCCGCAGCGUGAGUGCUGCAGGGACACUAAGACCCCUCGUCCCCCAGCCUUGACCUGGGUGCAGGCAUCCCGGGCCGGCCGCCUUGGGACUGCUUCCUUCCACAGUGAGAGCUGCACUGUCUUCGGUUUUAUUUUAAGUAUUGUUUUUGCCUUGUUGCUGUGACUUCCCUAAGACACUGAAGAUGCCUCUCGGGAAAGGAUCAUCACUGCUGAAAGGAAAAGGGUUAAACAUGAAAACGCCAUCCGAAGCUCUGAAACCACACAGCAUCCUGCCACCAGCUGUCCGGCAACAGAGAGACUGGAGCAAAGUUGGAAAUGCAGACGGCACAGCUUCCCCUCUGUGCAGGUCCCACAGACCGGGUCUGGGCCACCCCCCACCCCACCCCCGGCACCCCUGCGCACCCCUGCGUCCACUCCGGCCGCCUCGGAGAACUGGUGCUAACUCGGCAUUUGCUUUGGUUCCACAAUAAACGGCAGAGCUAUGACACAGGGAAGCCUUAGGAAAAAAAAUAACAACUUGUGCUUUUUCUGUAUUGUUUUGUUCUCUAAAUGGUGCUCUCCUCGCCCAGAGGUGUUCGGCCCGUUUCAGCCCGGCCACCCCGUUCAGACCUGGCAGCCUGCAGCCUCCGCAGCGCCCGAGCCAACUGCCGAGGGAGGAUGUGCCCCGUGGAGGUGCAGCCCUGCAGACGGCCCUGUCUGUCUGCUCCCCAGAGAGAAGUGAAUCAGGUUUUUCCUCUGCCAACACUGUGUGCAGCGGGAGCCGGUCUGCUUUGGAGAACGGAUGACCCCUUUGAGAAUGAGGUGGAGUUCCUCCCUUUCUGACUCUUUGAUUUUGAAGAUGUUCCCCUUCCCCCGUGUCAGAAUCAAUCCUUCGGUGAAAGCCCGGUUUGGUCCUGCUGAGUUGCGGUUUUCAGUUGUCCAUCCUCACAGAUCGACACACUUGCCUCCUGCGGCGGCUGCAGCUGCAGCAGCUGCGUCCCGUGAAGUGGGCCAGGGCCCCGUCCUCGACCUGCGGGUGCGCUGGGAUCUUGCCUUUCCUUCUCGUCCUCAAGGCUUUGGAACGCACGUCGACACCCCAAGCGUUCCAGCCCCAACCUCAGGUGGGGUGGGGAGGUCACCUCGAGAAAGACUUGCACUUUUCUUCUGACCAACGCGAUGCAACCCAACAAGGGGGUGGCAGCCACGCCCUCCCGGAAGCCCCGCCCCAGCCUCCAUCCGGGCGAGCCUUUUGCCUGGCCUCUUGGGUGCUGACCUUCCCAAAGCGAUGCCUUACUGGUUUUGUACGAACCGUGUUCAUGAAUGAGUGUCACGCCUGUCUGGGGUCUGUUUUUUUUUGUUUUUUGUUUUAAUUUUCCCGUCAGAGCACACAGGGCUAAAAAAUCAUCUACUCAUCAGGAGAACUCAAGUUGCUGUGACUUCUGUCUCAUCCGAAGGACUCAUUUGUGUGGGUGUGUGACUGUGGGAAAAAGGAAAAGAAUUCAUUUUUUUUUUUUAGGUUUUUAGCAGUCUCCAGCUGACGCCCAGGCACAGCUCCUACAAGUCUAGUCCCCACGGCAUUGCGGACAUGGCCAUGCUACUCGGUGUCUUCACCACGCUGGUGUUUUCUUUACAGAGUGUGGCGAGUCUGUCCGUUGUUUGUUUCUACAGGAGAAUCUUGUUUGACCCCAGUGGGGGAGUCUCUGUUAAGAUCAGGGGCUUUCUUCCAUCUUCACAUUUCUGUACAUGAAGGGGUAUUUCUGUGUUUUCUUGUUACCACAAGAGCUAGACCUGCGCCUGCUCCCGUCCCAUUGGAUGACACCGCGUUCCUCCUCCAGAGGAAAAAGGGAAUUUGUCCCACUAACUGGUAAAUAGAAAACCUCUGGACACCAUCCCUGUUUUUGUCUCAGUAGACUCAGGCUCUCUUCUGCGAAGCCUUCAUUAGUCAUCGGGCUGUGUGAGUGUGUCCUGUCCUGAUUGGUUUUCCAUACAUUUUUCAAACCCAUGCAUUUGGCCUGUGGCCACGGGCCGACCCCUGAGCCUUCUGGUAGACCUGCAGAGUGGUCCUUCUCGGUCUAGCCCCCUGCGAUGACCUGGCACUCAUACUGUGAAUUUGGGAGGAGGCGAAAUUGACUUCUCCUUGCAGGCAGUUUUCCCAGUCACCUUGUGAGUAGACGCCUGUCAGUGUUGUUUGAAACUCUUCUUUUUUUUUCUUCCUUUUUAAGCAACACCCUCUCUUUCUCUUCCCUCUCCCACAGACUUCCCUCCCACUGGGUCCAGGCUUAGAACCGAGACCUCUGUCCCUGGUGCUGCCCAACUAGCGAACAGUGAUUCCCAGUAGUGUGACCCUUGUGUGAUUCACGACUCAGUGGCCCUCCUAACAUUGUGGGAAGCAGGGUUGUCUGAUGUGCACAUUUCUCCUCUUGGUCAUAUUUUACUUUAUCGGUGUCACUCACCUUUGAGAAAGUGACUUUGUACUCAUUUAGGGCUCUGUCUGAAAUGCUUCCAUUUUGCCUUUUUCUACAGUUAGGCUAAUUUUGAAAUGUAUGGAAUUCUAUGCAACAUUUAUGUUGAGUUACCAAUGGAAGCCAAAAUUUUCUUCCCAAACUGCCAAGAAUUAUACAGGCCAUAAAUGAGAUGGGAAUAUCUUUUAAUUCAAGGUUUGGGGUGGGAUAGGGGCGGGGCAAGGAAUAGAGAUUUGCCUAUACCUUUGUUGUACCUUGGGAACAUUUUUUAUUUAAUUGUGGAUGCUCUAAACUUCAGAAUUCUGUGUAUUCAAAUUUGAUCAUGGCGAAUCUACCACAAAAAGAAAAAAUAGUCCAACUUUGUGGAUAUUAAACGGGAGGUUUGCUGUUUUGAUCUAGUUGUUUGCCAGCAGAGCAAUUUAUGAAAUAUGUUCUAUAAGAUGUACAUUUUUUCAUUGUAACAUAGAAAUUGUAAAUAAUGGAUCAAAGUGCUGCAUUUUGCUGAAUUUUUUCUAGCCAUUUUUAAAGAGAAAACUAGGAAUCGAGUAUUUUGUGUACGGUAUGUUUCCAUCCUCCCUCCCCGCCCUCCUUGCCCGCCCUGUCUCCCUAUUUAAUUUUCAUUUGUCAUGAGGUUUUUGGAUUUGCCAAUGAUCUGCUGGAGAUCAUGCCCCACGUCAUAGAGAAUAAAGCUGAUGAUUGUACCAGUCUUAAAUUAUUCAUGAUUCAAUAAAAUUGAUGCUUAUUUAUUCAGA